AACCGAGGAAUGACAACAACAAAAAAAAAAAUCUCAGCAACAGUCGAGGGAUCGAGAGGAGGAAGGAGUUGAGCAAAGCAGGGAAAUGGCUCUCUUCUCCUUCGCAUCACCACCUUCCUUGUUCUCCCUAAACACCCACAAUCACAGGCUCUCUCACGUCUCUCCCACCUCCUUUCCACACCUCUCUCUGCCCCCGCAAGCUUCCAGAAGAUUCCCUCCCCUCACCCUCGCCCGCUCCUCCCUCUCCUCCGACGCCCCCGAACCCGACUCUUCGCCGGCGAACGUCACCGACGAGUGGGGGGAGAAGGCCGAGCCCGAGCCCGACGCUUCCUACUCGAAGCUCUCCGACUCGGACCCUCCGAAGGAGGACGACGAGUGGGGCGGAGGGGGCGGCGGCGGCGUCGAGGAGUACGUGGCGGCGGGUAAUGGGACCCCUUCGGCUCAGGGUGAAGCGACGGUUGAGGGGGAGGAGGUGGAUAGGGUUGGGGAUUUGAAGCGGUGCUUGGUGGACACGGUUUACGGGACGGAUUUCGGGUUCCGGGCCGGGCAGGAGGUGAGGGCGGAGGUGCUGGAGCUGGUGAACCAGCUGGAGGCGGCGAACCCGACGCCGGCUCCGGUGGACGCCACGGGGCUGCUAGAUGGCGACUGGGUCUUGGUGUACACGGCUUCCUCCGAGCUCCUGCCUCUUCUGGCUGUGGGGACAACGCCGCUCCUGAAAGUUCAAAGGAUAAGCCAAUCUAUCGAUACCAGUAACCUCACAAUUGUGAACUCUACCACACUAUCCAGCCCCUUUGCUACUUUCUCAUUCAGUGCAUCCGCAGCUUUUGAGAUAAGAAGUCCCUCAAGGAUUCAGGUUGAAUUCAAGGAAGGAACCUUCCAACCUCCGGAGAUAAAGCCGACCAUCAAUCUCCCGGAAAGUGUGAAUGUCUUUGGGCAGAACAUAAAUCUAAUGCCGGUGCAGCAAUCUAUCAGUCCUUUGCAGGAAGCCGUGGCGAGUCUUUCACGUGCCAUUUCUGGGCAGCCACCACUUAAGCUUCCCAUUCCAGGCGAGAGGACCCGCUCUUGGCUUCUCAUCACAUACCUUGACAAGGAUGUGAGGAUAUCACGUGGAGACGGGGGUCUCUUUGUGCUUGUCAAAGAAGGGAGCCCUCUUUUGAACCAGUAACCGGACACCAUUCAUUGGGUAUAGGAAGAAGGAUUUCGCGGAUUUUCUCUUGCUUGUUGUAUUGUCAAGUUGAACUAGUGCCGAAACUUGUAAAUUAAUGGUGUACUCGUCCUUGUUGAGAGACUGGGGAUGGAUGCAGAGCUGAGAGCAAGACUAUUUAGUGGCAUAUAACCAUAUGGCAUAUGAUGUUCUCGACAAUUCACAUUUACAUAGCGCGAUCGACACU